ACCAACAAAAAAAUGCCGCUAAAACCAUUCACUUACCUCUACCACAUAAAACCCUCUCUUCCACCAUUUUCCCCAUUUCAAUUCAAACUACCAAAUUCACGCUUUCUCUCUCUAGAAUAAUUUUCUCUCUCUGAAAAAUCAAGAUGAUGUUCUCUCAAAGCCAGUACGACAAUGGCUUCUCAUCUUCUCAAUUCACUCAAUCUGAUUCCACCCCUUCUCCUGCUAAAAGUAGAGAUCCGCAAGGAACAAUUCCAGUAACAGUGAAGCAAAUUAGCCAAGCUUCUCACUCCAACGCCGACGAUAAAUCCAGUUUCAACCUCGACGGCGUCGAUGUCACCAACGUCAAAUUGGUGGGAAUGGUACUUGAUAAAACAGAGAAAGUGACUGAUGUUUCGUUCACCCUUGAUGAUGGAACUGGACGUAUUGGAUGUAAAAGAUGGCUGAAUGAACCAUUUGAUAGGAAGCAAAUGGAGGUUAUAGAAGAGGGCAUGUAUGUUCGGCUAGUUGGUCACUUAAGGAACACCAGAGGCUACAAUGAAAUAGCUGUGUUUAACAUGCGGCCUAUCAUUAAUUUUAACGAGGUUACCCUCCAUCAUGUAGAAUGCAUUCACCAGCAUAUUGUCAACCACAAGUCACAGCAGAAAGGUGACUCUCUCACUCAAGGUCAGACAAUGGAAUCAUCGCAUAGCACUCCAGUCAAGGUUGAAUCCAAUGGAAUUCACUCAUCUCCACCUAAUCAAUUCUCAAUGCAAAUGAGUGUUGAUGGCUUAAAAGACGUUGAUCAGAGGAUACUUGAUUAUUUAAUGCAAUCUUCAAGCCUGGCCCAAGAAAAGGGUGUACACAGGGAUGAAAUUGCUCGGAAUUUGAAGAUUCCAGUGGAGAAGCUCAUGGAAUCCAUCCCAUGUUUGGAGGAUGAAGGCUUAAUAUACUCUACGAUUGAUGAAUUUCACUUCAAGCCUACUGCUGCUUAAAUCCAUAUUUUGACAACGGAUCGAGAGAUGAUGGCUAUAAUGAUAAAGGAUGGAUCUUAUGCCUGUUCAGUUAUCACUGUAUUAGUACUGAAUCAGUUCAGGUUUCAUAUCUAGUAGCAUUUUUUAUUACUUUUUUUUUUUACCCGGAAGGAAUCAUAUCGAGUAGAUAAGCUCCUGUUUCGUAGUAUGAUAUUGAAAUGUAUGGAAAUGCAGCUACAUGUAUAUGUUGGCUUUUGAUCAAAAGCUGCACAAGUAGAAGUUUAGGGAUGUUUCACCUAGUAGAAUUUUACUACCUUUUCAAGUUAAAAUAUGAAUUUUCAUUAGAAUUUGUUACU